CCGCGCUAAACAUGGUGCGCAGCAGAAGCUUAACGAGACACCAGUAACUCCGUUUCGCAAAACUGUUAAUCGGACGCUUUUAUCUUGGCAUGCGCUGUUAGUUUAAUUCAAGUUCAUCGCUUCGGCAGGUUUCCAGCGGUCAGCCUGGUCAGGAGUCUCGCUCGCGAGCCGUGUAGGAGAGCGUGCUGCUAGCGCGUACACGCUUCAUAUUCCGCGUGGCCAGACUAGGAUACGCGGCUGGCCAACACGCGGGCGGGUCACGCGGCUUGGUGUCCAUGUGCUUUUGUUUUGAAGGGCGAUGUCGCUGUGGCGCCGCGUCAUUGACAAACACACGUGCAGCGCCCGGGGCGACGGGGCUGGCGCCGCUGCGUGCGCCUCCUCCGGCCUGCUGGGACACGAGUCCCUGAGCGCGCGGGUGUCCGCGGUAACGAGGAGGUGUACAGGUGAGCAAAACCCGAGCCCGUGCGCAGGGACGAGGGAGUCUCCCUCAUCGCGCACCUCCGCGUGUCCCUCCCGAGCUCCGGGACCGUCAGCCGGCGCGCUGGAGUCCUCGCUGCUUGGGCAGCUGCUCUCUGGAGACGCGGGAAGUCGCUACCUUGGGGGAAAGGGACCGAAGGACAUGCGUAACCCGAAUAAGGCCACCCUCACCCUGGACCUGACCACAGCACAGGUGGUAGAUGUAAACACGCGCGCAUGCAGUCUCUUCGAGUGCACAUGCAGAGAUCUGAUUGGUCGACCACUGACGUCUCUGCUGAAGACCAAUCAAAUGAUGGAAGAGGCCGCAGGCGAGGAGAACCUGGACUCUGCUGGAAACUUGAUCAGCGUUUCUGGAAAAGUGGUAAAUGCAGUGAGUGAGGGGGGGGCAGAGUUUCCUGUGUGUGUGACCGCCUGGUCACAUGAUCAGCACACCUGUGUCCUGCUGCUCGAGAGGGCGCAGAGGGUCACGGCGCACUUCUCCUUCUCGAUAGAGGGUGGGAUCCUCAGCUGUGACUCCACCUUUGCGCAUCUCCAUGGUUACGGUGACGCUGACGAAAUGACGGGGCUCUCAGUGGCACCUCUCAUGCCUUUGCUGCGUGUUCCUCUGUGCUGCAAGAGCAUUCCGAAGAUGUUGCGUGUGCAGAGGGUGUGUGUGCAGGGCCGAGGUGCCAGCCCUCUGCCGGUGUGUGUCCGGCUGCGGGCUGCCGUGUCCUGUGGGGAUCCACCAGCUCAGAAAGACAGAUCAGCCGGACCAGAUUCCGAGGAGAAUUUGCUCACCCGUUCCACAGAGCUCUCUCACACCGUGCCAGGUGGUGCUGUGGUGUAUUCUGGGUCACUGUGGGCGUUUAUUCCUUCCAGCGGCGUUCUAACGCUGCACCCCAACGGCACCAUCAAUGGCAUGAGCAGUGUGCACGGCCCUCUGCUGGUGGGAUACGAGGUGACGCAGCUUCUCGGGAAGAAUGUCACCUACCUGAUUCCAGCCUUCUAUGAGAGGAUGAGCGCACAUCUCAAAAGCCCCAGCCCUGACAAGGAGGAGGAGGAGGAUGAAGAGGGCAUGGUGUCCCACCCCCACGGCAGCUGCCGGACAGAGCUAAUCAGAAGCUGGAACGCUGCUGGAUUCACGUCUCCGUUCACGGCUUCUGCAAAGGACGGCCAGCAGGACUCGUGGAGUGAGUAUCCGAACACCGUGCUGGCUCGGGACAGCAUGGUGAUGUACCAUGCCCUGCAGAAGAGGGGAGGAGCUGGCAGAGGGGAGCGAGGCUUAACACGAGUCGGGUCCAAAGCUCACCAGCAGGGCGGAGCUUGUUCUGCAGAACCCUGCUCACCUGGAGACAGGCUGAAGGAGACUGCUGGUCUGUGUGCGGAGGCGUCUGCGCUCGUAACCCAGGGCGACGGGUCCACAUCAGCCGAGUCCACCACCGCGUUGCUGCAGACGUUCGCCUUGGUGGAGUCCCAGGACUGGGCGCUGCAGCCUGGAAACGCGCCCUCGUCUGGUCCCCUGGACCUGGAGAAGGAGCGUCCAGGAGGGGGCAGUGUGUGCUCAGAGUACGCCGGCGACUCCAGCUUUGAGGUGAUCUCCCUCGGCAGUCGCUCCUCCUCCGGAUUCUGUGAGAAGUGGGCGGGGCCUGAGAGGCUGGAUGACACACAGGAGCCAGGGCCACCGGACUCGGGCAGCUGCUUCCUGGACCUCGACGUAAACGGUGACGUGAUCGCUCGUGCCGUUGGGGACCUGGACCUGAGUGGGAGCACGGAAAUCCCGAACACUCCUCCCGCUGACCUCGCCCUCUCGCUGACCUCGUGUGACACAGCCGAGCUCCUGCGCACGCCCUCGCCCUACGUCAUCGACUCGGACCCAGAGACCGAGCCGUCCGGACGCACGCUUCCCACACAGCAAGAUCCGGAAGGCCAUCCGAGCCCCCAGCAGAGCUCUAAGCACCUACAGAAGGAUCCAGAUGUUCCGGAACCGUGGACCCCGCACUUCCAGUUUUGGAACGGCUCCCCCCGGAGCGGGAACGGCAGAAUGCUGUUGCCGGGCGACACCCCAGCGACCUCCACCCCUAAGAAGCCCCAGUCCAGCCCUGUGACCCCACUUUCUCCUCUGACCCUCAUACAGGAGGGACGGUUUCGGGCCAACUUCUACCACAGAGACGGAUCGCCUGUCGAGAUGCAGUGUGACGUGCGUAGAGCUGUUCUGUCUGGCGGAGGCGUCCUGUUCUGCGUGUGGCUCAGUGGGGGUAAUCCCUUCCUCCACCAGCAGGAGGUGCUGCAGAGCUUUCAGUCCUCCACAGCAGAGUCUUCGCUACAGGACGAGGCCGUCUGCAGCCUGGCAGAACUGAUCGGUGAGGGAGGUCACGGGAGCCUGGAGCAGACCAGGGCGUGUGAAGGGCAGUUUGAGGAAGACUACCAGCUCGUGCGCACCGUGGGGAAAGGCGCCUUCGGCUUCGUCUGGCUCGCAGCUCGACGCAGAGAUGGGCAGGAGGUGGUGGUGAAGUUCAUUAGGAAGAGUCGGGUGGUGAAGGAGUGUUGGGUGGAGGACCCUGAGAUGGGUCGUGUCACUCAGGAGGUCGCCAUACUGGCCCGGCUCCAACACCCCAACAUCGUGAAGGUGUUGGAGGUGUUUGAGAAUGAGUACUUCUUCCAGAUGGUGAUGGAGAAACAUGGAGAUGGUCUGGAUCUGUUUGACUUCAUCGACAUGCAGCCCAGACUGGAUGAAGCUCUGGCUAGUUACAUCUUCAGACAGUUGGUGUCAGCGGUGACUUACCUGCGGGGGGAAGGUGUCCUGCACCGGGACAUCAAGGACGAGAACGUCAUCAUAAACACGCAGUUCCACGUCCGGCUGAUCGACUUCGGCUCGGCCACGCCCCUCCAGCCGGGAACGCUCUUCCACAUCUUCUGUGGCACCCUGGAGUACUGCUCCCCCGAGGUGCUGCAGGGAAACCCAUAUGAGGGACCCGAGCUGGAGAUGUGGUCUCUGGGAGUCCUCCUCUACACGCUGCUCUUUAGUGAGAAUCCGUUCUGCACUGUGGAGGAGAUGUUGACGGCCAGACUCCAACCCCCCUGCAUCAUUUCUACGGAGCUGUCCGGUCUUCUGGCUGGUCUGCUCCACCCGGACCCUUCUCGGAGGUUCACCUUGGACGACCUUCUGCAGGAGCCGUGGAUCAGACAGCCCAUCAACCUGGGCCAGUACAGCUGGGCCGAGGUGUUCCGCUCCAGCCAGGACUCUUCUGAGCCCGACCAGUGCAGCCUGGAUCCGGAGCAGGCGGACCUCACACCUCUGCAGGACGAAAAUGAAGAGGAGGAGGAAGACGAGGAUGAGGAGCAGAAGAGAAUGAUGCUAGCACUGCAGUCCGAACUCCUGAAGUACCUCGGUGACGUGUGAGCGGGGCUUCCAGCCCGGGGGGGUGUAUAUGACACUAUUUCUGAACCGUGUGAGCAUUCGCCUUAAUGUAAAUGCUGGGGGGUAAACAUCAUAUUUAACAUGGACUAAAGAUGUGCUGCUGGUGUUUGUAUCAAAUCUGUCCAUCAAACGAAUCAAGUCCUGCUUGAAAGAAAAUGAAGAAAACAAACUAAAUAUCUUUUGUUUUUAAAUAAUAAACGCACUAACUCCAGUCAGAGAUUUGGUGAAGUGCUAUUGUACGUCUGGAUAAGGAAAGGCUGCACUGGGUGGAGUGUAAUGUGUGUUUAUCAGUUGUGUACCACAAAUUAAAGACUCCUGAAAUGUUACCGUUACACUCGUUUGUCAGAAUGUCGGUCUUCACAAUGUUAAUCCUUUGUUACAGUUUGCAUUGACGUCGUAGAGAAUGACCCUAAAGUGAUUUUGAUGUGUUAACAAAUAAUUUUUAUGUGGUUUCAACGAUUAAAUAUUCAUAUUUUAAAAACUAA